AGUAAAGUAAUUCUGCUACGACAAUCUCUAAAAACAUUUUUAAAAAGUGUUUUAAAGGAGGCUCAGUCGAUAAAUAGUAGUGAAGAGAUGGUGCGUGAAUAUAUUAUCAAAAAAAAAGAAUUAUUAGAAAAUAUCUAUAAAAUGGAAAACAUUCAAGAAAAUAAAAAAAUCUUAGAAGACGGAGCCGAUAUUCUCUAUAUUGCUCUUGUGUGCGAAGUUAUACCUAAUAUCUUAACGUUAAAAAAUCUUGCUAUGGAUCUUGAGCAAUUCACACAGAUUGCCUAUCUAUCCCCAAGCAUAAAGCGUGAUGAAUCAGCAAAAAGACUCUUUGAAAUGGAAAAA